UUUGAGGCAUAAUUUGCUCCUCCAAAAGCACCUUUAAUAUCGACAGACGACAGUUGACAACUCUCAAAGAAACCAUAGCGACGUAAAGAAACGAGGAAGAAGAGGAGAGAAAAAUCUGAGUUUUCCUUCAAUGGCGGAACUCGACGACGACACUUUUACUUUUGGUAAUUUCAAGUUCGCACCUUCUCCUCCACCUCAACCUCAACCUCAAUCUCAGCCUCACAUCAAUGGCGUCACUUCCACCUCCAACAACGACAUUUGGGGAAAUUCCUUCGCUCAAUCCCAAUUCAACCUCCCCAACAAUGACGUCUCUUCAUCACCCGCCAAAUCGUCCAAUUGGGCCCAACCCACAUCCGGCCCAUCCCCAAUUAGGGCCGAUCCGGGCAAGUCCCCGAAGCCCAAAGGAGCUAUACCCUUAUCCUUGUUUGGCGAAGUUGAAGAUGAAGAAGAAAGUAAUGAUGAUAAUUCUAAUGCUAACAUUAAUGGCUGGUUUGAUCCGAACAAAUCAUUUCAAAAUGGCAAAUUUGGGCUUGAUAAGAUUAAUGGGUCGGGUUUGGUGGGUCCAGAUUUGAAUGUUAAUAGUAAUAAUAAUAGUAACAAUAACGAUGAAGAUGAUGAUGAUGAAGAUGAUGAAUGGGAAUUUAAGGGUGCAUUUUCUGGAAAUGGUGUUGUCGAAGAACAUAAUUUAAAGGAACAAGGUGGUUUUGUGGUAUCUAGAUCCAAGGUGGAGCAUUUGGCAAUGAUGGACCAAGAAAAGCAGGCCGGUCAGGAUGCUUUCAAUUCUGUUGACUACAAGCCUGCUUCCAUCAGUUUCACACCUCAAUCUAGUGAUUUUUUUGCCGUGCCAUAUGGGAAUGGAGCUGAUCAAUGUUCCAGUGGAAUGGAUGUUGGUUUCAAGUCAUCCACAAACACAACCAAUGGUAUUACGUGGGAUCCCUUUUCUAGAGCUGAAGACAUUGGCAAUGGAAAUGGAAUAAGUGCAAGUCCAGUAAACAAAAAUGGGACUGGGGCUAAUCAUCAAUCUAGUGUAAUGGAUGUUGGUUUCAAGUCAACAAUAAGCACAACAACUGGCUUGGUGUGGGAUCCUUUCCCUGGAGGCGUAGAUAUUGGCAACGGAAGUCAAGUAAAUGCAAGCUUGAUAAAUGAAGAUGGGCAUGGGGAUAAUCAUCAACCAAGUACAAUGAAUGUUGGUUUAAAGUCAGCCACAAGCACAACAAACGGUGUCAUGUGGGAUCCAUUUUCUGUAGUUGAAGACAUUGGCAAUAGAAGUGGGAUAACUGCAAGUUCAGUAAAUGGAGAGGAGGAGUUUGAUGAUUUUGGGGAUUUCAUUGAUGCAUCUCAAGAAGUAAUGUCAAACGAGCAGGAGCAAGUGGUUGGUCACACAAAUUCUGCUGAAGCUCAGCUAUCAAAUGGAGAAGUCCAGGAGAAGCAAAAUCAAACAGAACAUUCUAGAGGAGCGUUGCCACUGUCUCUUUUCAGUGAUGAUACAGAAGAAUCCAGUAAUUGUUUGGAUCUUUCAAAUGAAGUGGUCCAUAUGCCUACUCUUAGUCCUGGGAAUAGCUUCAAUGGCCAGGGUUCAGUGUCUAUUAAUGAUCUCAUAUCAAAUCUGUAUAGUCAAGCACAGUGUACUUCAGUUGAUUCUGCUGGAAAACCUGCUGAAAAUGGGAUGCACUCCCCUCUAAAGGCAACAGUAACAGCCCCAUUGCAUGGAGAUGAUCGUUCCUGGGAAUUUAAAGGUGCAAUUUCAGAUAAUGGAGUUGGAGAACAGUUUUCCCCUGUUAUUCCGGGGAAUAUGGCUCAGAAACAGACGGAGAUCUUAUCAGAAUUGCAAAGUUAUACCAUUUUUUAUGACCAAUUGAGGGAAUCAUUAUGCUUUCUUCUUUCAUGCCAACUUGAUGAGCUAAAGAAAGCUCGAAAUUCUGAUGCUGUAACUGGCAAUGGAGGGAUCGAAGAAGCUCUUGAUGAUGAAAUUCAGGAGGCUUUCAAACUAUUGGAGGAAAGUGUGAUGUCUACGGAAGUUUUUUCACAGAAAGGCCAUGAGAGAUACAGUUGCUUAAACAAGUUACUUGAGGUUCUGCAAGAACCAAAGUUCAAUGUGAUUGAAUCAGAUUUUUCAUUGUCAAAAAGAUUGCAGUUGGCAGCAAAUGAGUGGAAGGUUGCCGCUGAACUUUUGAGGCAUGCAAUGUCAAUGCUGAAAAUUAUAUCUCUGGGAUCAGCUGAUGAGCAAUGUAUUUAUGCUUCCACUUGGUUCAGAAUUAUUAAUGUUUGUGUUCAAGAGUUGAAAUAUGGUGUGUCCAUAUGGAAAAGGGCAUCAGAGAAGAAUGUGCAACACCAGAUCUUAUCCGACUCUCGAGGUCAAAAUUAUAUUCAAGCCCUUGCAGAAAUUUACAAGGUUGUGGAGCUUCUUGAGCUGUCAGCAAAAGUUUACAAGCCAUGGAUACUUCUAAAUGGGUCUCAUACUUCACAAAUUCUCAGUGCUUUGGAUGAGUGUGAUGCUUUAUGGUCAAAUUCAGGUUUGGAGGAAGCCGUCCAGAGUUUAUCAGAUAAUGUUGAUUUUGGAUGUAGUGAAACUGCAAAGGCGUUACUUGCCGCUAUCAAGAAUAUGCGUGAAAUUGAUAUAUUUUCUAUGCAUGAGCGUGUUUUCAUUCAACAUAAAUCUAUCUGUCGGCUAUCCUUGCUUCCCCAAGAAAUGCUAGCCGACUUAAAGACAGUCAUGUGGGAUGAUAAGGCUUACUAUCUGAACUUGGCUAAUUUGUGGGCAAAUCUGAUUAGUCGUGAUCCACCGCAGCUACCUCUUUUGCGAGUUAGUUGAGUAAAUAGUUUUGGGAAAUGCGUGAGAUCAUCUCUGAAAUACCUACAUAGAAGUUUCAGGUCUCCUGUUAAAGACAGGGCUCUUGACCAUCAAAACACAGCUGCUUAUCGGAGUCCUUUGCAAAAAGCCUGCCGAUGAUGGUUUAUGUGUUUACGUUGUGAAAGUCUGAAGGCUCAAUGAUAGCUCUAGCCGAUUUUGCCAUAUAUAUAUUCUUUGUUUUUUUGGGUUUAUUUGCAUCUGAUAUAUCAUUCUUUUAUAGUAAGUGUAACAUAGUGCCUCAGGUAUAGAAAUGUGUAUGGACGGGCUACAAUGCUACAAUAAUAAGCAAUGUUCCCGAAAGUGUAUUUAUUGGAAAAAGAAGAAAGAUCUUCACUUGUGUAAUAAAUUUACCAUUUUAUUUGCAGAUUUCUGUUUGAGAUA